GCUUCGAAAGUCGUUUCAAUUCAUCCAAAUAAAAACAAGGGGGAGAGCGUCUACCCGGGCCUUUCCAUCACUCUCAACUCUCAACUCUCAAGAAACAAAAUCGCCGGAGGACGACGGCGAUCGGGACUUGCCUUUGAUUUUGACGAAGGCCCACUACUCCUACCAAGUAGCAGAGCUCGAUAGCAGUUUCGGAUAAAUUUAGAAGUUACAUGAGUGGCAUCAGACAAAGGACCCUUGGGAGUGGGGGUCAACAUGUUCUGGACUAUCUAAAACGAAUGCAGGCAGACAAUCCUACUUUCUUUUAUGCAGUUCAGGGUGAUAGCGAUCACUCUAGUGGUAAUAUAUUUUGGGUGGACGCAACAGCCAGGUUGAACUAUACAUAUUUUGGAGAUGCCGUUAUAUUUGACACUUCAUACAGGACAAACCGCUAUAGGGUACCAUUUGCCUCAUUCUCUGGAUUUAAUCAUCAUGGCCAGCCGGUGUCGUUUGGCUGUGCAUUAAUUCUCAAUGAGUCUGAGUCUUCCUUCGUAUGGCUAUUUCAAACUUGGCUUCAUGCAAUGGCUGGACGCCUCCCUGUCUCUUUCACCACUGAUCCAGAUAGGCACAUGCAAGUUGCAGUUGCGCAAGUUCUUCCUCAAACCCGCCAUCGCUUCUGUAAGUGGGCCAUAUUUAAAGAAACGCAAGAGAAGCUGGAUCAGUUGUAUCAUUCUCAUCCUACUUUCGAAACUGAAUUUAAGAAUUGCAUCAAUGAGAGCGAGACAAUUGAUGAGUUUGAGUCACAUUGGCAAUCCUUGCUUGGAAGAUACUACAUCAUGGAUAAUGAGUGGCUUCAGUCCAUGUACAAUGCCAGGCAACAGUGGGUCCCAGUUUACAUGAAGGACACCUUUUUUGGAGAGUUUGCUGUAAAUGAGGGAAGUGAAAGGUUAGCCUUGUUUUUUCAUGGGUUUGUGAAUGCAGCCACUACCAUGCAGGUUUUGCUUAAGCAGUAUGAGAAAGCUUUAGUUAGUUGGCAUGAGAUGGAACUAAAAGCAGAUUAUGACACUACUAAUACCAUGCCAGUUCUGAAGACACCGUCUCCUAUGGAAAAACAAGCUGCAAACCUCUAUACAAGGAGAGUAUUUAAGAAGUUCCAGGAGGAGUUGGUUGAGACCAUGGCAAAUCCUGCAACCAAAAUUAAUGACUCAGGAACUGUUGCCACCUAUCGAGUGGCCAAAUUUGGGGAAGACCACAAGGCACAUGCUGUUAGCUUCAAUUCCUUUGAGAUGAAAGCUAGUUGUAGUUGUCAAAUGUUUGAAUAUUCGGGGAUAAUCUGUAGGCACAUACUAGCAGUUUUUAGAGCAAAGAAUGUUCUAACACUUCCUCCUCAAUAUGUAUUGAAGCGAUGGACAAGAAAUGCUAAGAGUGGAGCUGGAGGAGCUAUGCUGGAUGAACGUGCUUCUGAAUCACCAAGGAAUUCUCGAGAAUCGAUAACAGUUGGGUAUAACAAUUUACGUCAGGAAGCAAUCAAAUAUGUAGAAGAGGGAGCAAAAUCUAUCCACAUAUACAAUGUAGCAAUGAAUGCUCUACAGGAAGCUGCUAAGAAAGUUGCUGCUACAAAGAAUAAAGGUUCUGGAGCUACACAGGGUAGUUCGCUGGCCAAUGGAGGUAGCCAAGAAAUUCAUGCGACUGAAGCAAAUGAAAUGGCAGGGUAUCAACCAACGGAUGAGAAGGAAAAGAAAAUCCGUGAAUUGUCUGCUGAGUUGGAGAACACCAACCAACGCUGUGAAGUUUAUCGAGCAAAUCUGCUUGCUGUUCUACGAGAUAUGGAAGAGCAGAAGAUGAAGCUUUCAGUGAAGGUUCAAAGUGCAAGGCUAAGUAUGAAGGAGUGACUGCUAUUUGCAGGUGAAGCCCUGCCAUUCUGUCUUCCCUUCUCAAGACCCUGCUGUUUCAGCCACUGUCAUCUUUUUAUCCAUCCGGCCUGCCAGGAGUCACUUGGAGAGAGCGGAAAGAUGGGUUUAGAGGCCGGUUGCCCUCGGAUGUGGGCAGUAGUUGUAUCCGAAACUUUCUCUUACUCUUGCACCCUAGAAUUGUUUGAGUAUUGUUGAGAUUUCGUUGGAUGGACCGUGCACCGAAGAUCUGCCAUUAGCUGCGGGAAAAGAUCAUUCAUUAACAUGUUAGCCACGGGUUAGCAUCCUCUAAUGUCAAUGCCAGGAAGCUGUAACAUUAGGUCUUAACUGUCUUUAGUCAUUUGUGACAGUUCUUAAAUUCUUGCUUUAUUUUGAUUUUGGAUAAUUAAUCAUCCACUUUAAAUUGAA